AGGAAAAAAGGAACGUCUAAGAACAGGAGGAGCCCAUCGUGUUCUUCGGUUCCUCCAGCCAUCGCCGGGAGAGGAAAAAUGGUCUUUGCUCUGCUCAGAAUUUGAAGUUUCAGAAGCCUACGCCGGAGCUCAGGCCCUUCCGGAGGCCGUCGAGCUUCAAAAACCGUCGUUUAUGGCCACCGCCGGCAUGGGUACUUCACGCCCUUUGACUCUGUUGCUCCUUGUAAUCUUCAACUUGCUUUCCAACACCAUCACCGGCGGCGGCGGUGUCUCUGCUGAAAGCGGCGUGUUCAGCGUCAAAUACAAGUAUGCCGGCCGGGAGCGUUCUCUUAGUACCCUUAAGGCGCACGACAUCAGCCGUCAGCUUCGAUUUCUUGCCGGCGUCGAUAUCCCACUCGGUGGCUCCGGCCGACCUGAUGCCGUCGGGCUUUACUAUGCAAAAAUUGGAAUUGGAACUCCUCCCAAGGACUAUUAUGUUCAAGUUGAUACAGGGAGUGACAUCGUGUGGGUGAAUUGUAUUCAGUGUAUGGAGUGUCCGAGGAAAAGCACUCUUGGGAUGGAGCUCACUCCGUAUAAUAUAGAGGAAUCCACAACUGGGAAAUUGGUUUCCUGCGAUGAACAAUUUUGCUUGGAGGUGAAUGGGGGUCCACUUUCAGGCUGCACUGGUAAUAUGUCCUGUCCAUACCUUCAGAUAUACGGCGACGGGAGCUCAACUGCUGGAUACUUCAUCAAGGACUACGUACAAUAUGAUCGGGUUUCUGGAGACCUUGAAACUACAGCUGCUAAUGGAAGUAUCAAGUUUGGAUGUGGUGCCCGACAAUCUGGGGAUCUAGGCUCAUCCGGCGAAGAAGCACUUGAUGGCAUACUUGGAUUUGGGAAAUCAAAUUCAUCUAUUAUUUCACAACUAGCCUCCUCUAGAAAAGUGAAAAAGAUGUUUGCUCAUUGCCUAGAUGGAAUAAAUGGCGGUGGUAUCUUUGCAAUGGGACAUGUUGUUCAGCCAAAAGUUAACAUGACUCCGUUGGUACCAAAUCAGCCACAUUACAAUGUCAAUAUGACGGGAGUACAAGUUGGUCGUGUCAUGUUAAAUAUUUCGGCUGAUGUAUUUGAGGCAGGAGACAGAAAAGGGACAAUCAUUGAUAUUGGUACAACUUUGGCAUAUCUUCCAGAAUUGAUUUACGGACCAUUAGUAACCAUGAUAAUCUCACGGCAACCUAAUUUGGAAGUUCAAACCAUUCAUGGAGAGUAUAAAUGUUUUCAGUACUCAGAAAGUGUCGAUGAUGGAUUUCCUCCAGUUAUUUUCCAUUUCGAGAAUUCACUCUUGUUGAAGGUUUACCCUCAUGAGUAUCUAUUCCAAUAUGAGGGCUUGUGGUGUAUGGGUUGGCAAAACAGUGGGAUGCAAUCUAGGGAUAGGAAGAACGUUACCCUCUUUGGAGAUCUAGUGCUAUCAAAUAAGCUAGUUUUAUAUGAUCUUGAAAACCAGACAAUCGGGUGGACCGAGUACAACUGUUCUUCAAACAUCAAAGUGCAGGAUGAACAGACUGGAACAGUUCAUUUAGUUGGUUCACAUUCCAUUUCUUCAGCCUGCAGAUUGAAUUCCCAAUGGGCUGUGAUCUUGUUGUUCCUGAUCUUGCUUAUGCACUGGUCAGCUCAUUUCAGAUGUUUCAGCUAACACAAAAUACCAUCACCCAAGAGGUAAUAUUUUUAGAUAGAAUCAAGUAUAGAAGAAAUCCUUGAGAUUCAUUUAACUGUAGUUGAAAACUAAUCACAGUUGUGUAUAAUGGAGAGAGAAAAAGAGAGAGAGAAAAAGAGAGAGAGAGAGAGAGAGAGAGAGAGAGAGAGUUAUCUUUCAAAGAUGCUUCUCCUGGGCAAUUUAUUUUCCCAUGGAGAUUUUCUGAAGUAAAUCAUCUCUGAUUGGUCUGUGUUUAGAUUUGUAAAGUGAAUCCUCUUUCUGCAAACAGAUUUGUAGAUUCAGUAUAGUUUCUGAUAGGGAAAAAAAAAGUGCAGGUAGUUUUAUGAACUCAAGGGUUAACAUGUAAGAAAUAUUUAUUCUACUUGGGGGUAUUGAUAGUUCUUUAAGUUUUGUUUUCCUUUUUCUUCCAUUUCUGUUCGUGCUAAUUUGUUGGGAAAAAUUGGGGCUGAUUGUUAACAGGUUUGUAUUUUGUGCA